CGGGCAAUGAUUACCUAAUGCUCUUGACUGAUCACAUCGUGUCAGUCAGCCCUCUGCGUGAGUUCUCUGUCCCAUCCAUCCAUCCACCCCAUCCUCCUCAUCCACACACAUGGUGCACACGUGCACACGAGACGAGCAAGGCCUGGCUGUACAUACAAGGCCCUCUCACCCCGUGCGAGCAGAGAAGUGUCCAGUACCCAUCCAUCCACCGCAGGCAAGCACUCAUCGUCGAGUGGCCUUCGCCACCUCAUCUCUGUCUGUCUGUCUGUCUCUAUUGCGAGACUCGAAACUCAUCAUCAACUCAUGCAUCAUAAGAAAUGGAUGGCUGGCAUGCACACACCGUGACGGACAAAAGGCGCACACCGAUAAACCAACACAUACCGACAAACAGCAACCGCGCAGCGCAGCGACACCGUCACACCAGAGCAUCACGUUGCGAUACCCCCCACACACCCGGUCAUCCACGAUCCAUCCAUCCAUCAGUCACCACCCGUCCGCCCUAGCGGCCUCGCAGGAGCUGUCUGGCCGGCCCGUUGCUACCGUCCACGGUGUGUGGUUGCACAGCAAGUAUCUCCUGCUCCAUGCGCCUGACCAUGGCCGACCCCAGCACACGACGCCAUGUCGGCGGGAUGUGCAGCGGGUUGGGGAACGAUGCGUUGUAGGCCGCCUCGUGAGCAUCCCUGACACACACACACAGGCACACACACAUCAACACACACACAGAGACAGGCACAUGUCGUUCGUAUGUGCACAGGUGCGCAUCAGAUGUCCUUUCCUUACCUUUCGGCAUCGGUGAUGUCGGAUUCCCUGUACUCGACACACAUUUCUGUGAGGUUGCUGACGGCCGCGACGGGGACGCCCCAGGGGCUGAGUGUGGCGUUGCCCGAGUAGUUGUCGUGGCCGUGCUGCUGCUGCCACCUGUGGUACAGCUUGUCGAUGAACGAGUGGUGCACGUAGAACAGGGGAUCGUUGGACGACGCGAACGAGUUCAACUCGCCGCCUGAACGGUCCCACGAACCGCGACCACGACCACCUGGAAAACACGCACAGACAGACAACGAGGGCCGCCCGGACGGGUAUGUGCUUCCAUGGGUAUGUGCGUGUGUGUGUGUGUGUGUGUGCAUUAGCUGACCGACGAUGACGUGUGGGUACCAGUGGAACACCUCGAGCACCUUCCGAAAGGGCACAUACUCCUCCAGCUGGAACACAAACUCAACCUCGCGCAUCGAAGGGAACCGCAAGAUGACGUCACGCCCCGUCCCAUUCAGCCAUAUGCCCCUGCGCAGACACUCUGGCCCACUUAGCUCCACAUUGGUCGAGAAAUCCGGUGCAAAGUGCAGCGAGAAGUUGCCCUCCGCCUGUGAGAACCGGCCGUCGGGCACGCACUGGAUGUCGUCGUCUGCCGUGGCGCCCGAUCCGCCGAACCACUGUGGUGUGAACACGGGUGCGGUGUGUACGUGGUGGGCGUCGCGUGUCCAGUCCCAGUAGGGGAUGGCGAUGGAUUUGUUGAUGGCGCGCAGGCGCGUUUCGAAGUCGUAGACGAUCUUCCGGUGCCAGGGAAAAAACCGGUUGUCGUGGUGGGACGACCUGCGCUCCAAAAACAACAAGAGGAUGGGAGCCCACUUUUGCCUGUCUGUCGGCCUGUGUCUGGUGUCUGUGUGGUGCUUACCAUGGGUCCAGUUUGUGUAUGUAAGUGAACUCCUCGUAUUGGCUGAAGUUGCCCAGUGUGCUCGGCGUCCUGUGCAGCGUGAUGAUGGCAUCGAUGAAGGUCUCCCGCUCAUCGUCGCUCAGGUCACGGAUCUCGCGCCGCACACGGACAUCGUCCUUUUCACACACGUGCUGUGCACGCGCCGAUGACAGAAGCAGCAGCAGUAACGCUGCGAGAGCAGGAAGAGAGGCGUGGAGGGCCAGCCGAGAGGGCGGACAGGGGCGCUGUGUCAUAAUGGGGGCAUGACGGACGGCAGUGUUGAUGAUAGAUCUCUGCUGCUCUGUAUCCUGCCGUGUGUUUCCCGCUGUAUACGUGCCUUUCAGCUGAACUGUGUCAGUGACG